ACAAAAGAAGAGGGAAAGAGGGAGAGCUGGAGAGAGUGCGUGUGAGAGAGGAGAGAGGGAGCGAGAGAGGUGAAGAGAGAGAUCGGGAGAAAUUGAAUACAUGUAGAACAUAUAUAUUUAUACAGAUAUAUAUUUUCACAACGUGCGUGUCUGUGUGCGUGUGCGCGCGUGUGUGGCGGCGGCGGCAGUGGAGGUGGUGGUGGUGGUGGAGAGGGACACCCGCAAAACGGAUACCUCAAAAAGCAAGGAUGUGAAAAAGGAUGGAGGGACGCAGGAAGAGAGGGGGGAAAGGCUGGUAAAAUUCAGCACCCUCUCUAAGUGCGAUAUAUAUCUACCUCCCCCCCCCGGUAGGUUGCAAUGGUCGCCAUACCUACUCUCUCUCUCCUAUUGGUCCUGGCAGAGUGGGCAGGUCUGGUGGACACAUCUCCCCACCUCCUGCUCCGGCCGAGCCCGCGGGAGCGUGAUGCAGGGGCCAUGAUGAACGUCAACAUUGCCGUGAUCCAUGCUGGUGCAACGGUGCAGGCGGAGGCGGCAGUGGCGGGACCUGGGGGAAAGGUGCUCUACCCCGACUUAGGACGGGUAUACGGCUCCCUGGGGGAGAGCGUGGUCACCCAGUGGGGCUAUGCUAACGUCAUCUGGCUUCAGGUGAAUGACAGCAGCCCUAAGACGGUGCUGUCCCAGCUGUGUAAGCUUUUAGCAGCAAGGCCCCUGCAGGGUCUGGUUUACGAAGAGGAGAGGCCCCCUCGGACGGCUUGGGGUCCCUUAGCCCCCACGCUGGAGUUUGUCUCUGCACAAACAGGACUGCCUAUAGUGGCUGUAGGCGGGGGAGCAGGGCUGGGGAGGAUGCCACAGGAAUCAGGUUCCAUCUUUCUCCAGUUCAGCUCCUCCACCGCACUCCAGUUAGAGGUAAUCUUCGAGGUGCUGGAGGAGUACGACUGGACUGCCUUUUCUGUGGUGUCCACACGUCACCAUGGCUACCAGGACUUCCUGUCCGUGGUGGAGGGUCUGACGGACGGCUCGUUCAUCGGCUGGGAGAAAAAGAGCGUUGUGAUCCUGAACGUGACCGACGACCCUGGGGGGGCACGCACACGCAGGCUGCUGAAGGAGAACGAGGCGCAGGUGCGUCUGCUGUACUGCUCUCAGGAGGAGGCCGAGCUGGUCUUCCGUGCUGCCUGGGCCGCCGGUCAGGCUGGGGCCUCGCACAUGUGGUUCGCAGUGGGCCCUGCUCUCUCAGGUCUUGGCAUGGAGAGCCUGCCUCGGGCAUUAUUCGCCGUACGGCCCCAGGGGUGGAGGGACGAGCCUCGCCGAAGGAUCGCUCGGGGUGUGUCUGUGCUCACUCAUGGGGCGGUGGCGAUGCGCAAUGAAUAUGGAAGCACGGGCGCCCCAAACUUUGUCACCACAUGCAUGACAGAUGCCAAUCAGACCCAGAGACUGCGAAGCAGGAUGAGGUAUUUCAGCAAUAUAACGCUUGGUGGUCGAGACUAUUCCUUCAAUGGCAACGGUUACCUGGCCAGCCCCUUCUUGGACGUCAUCUCUUGGACACCUGGAAGAGGAUGGGAAGAUGUAGGCUGGUGGGAGAACGGUGUGCUGAAGCUUCGGUACCCAUCUUGGUCCCGCUACGGGCCCUUCCUGAAGCCACCUGACGAUGCCCAACACCUGCGUGUAGUAACACUGGAGGAAAGGCCAUUUGUCAUUGUGGAAUUUGCAGACCCUGCUUCAGGAACCUGCAUCCGGGACUCUGUUCCCUGCAGACGACCCGCCAAUGACAGUACUAUUGAGGAGGGUAAGGUUCCUCUAAAGAAGUGUUGCAAGGGUUUCUGCAUUGACAUCCUCAAGCGACUUGCCAAGAUUGUCGGCUUCACCUAUGACCUCUACUUGGUGACCAAUGGGAAGCAUGGGAAGAAGAUAGACGGCGUUUGGAACGGCAUGAUUGGAGAGGUGGUGUACAAACGGGCGGACAUGGCCAUCGGCUCACUGACUAUCAAUGAGGAGAGGUCAGAGGUCGUGGAUUUCUCUGUCCCCUUCGUGGAGACUGGGAUCAGUGUCAUGGUCUCCCGUAGCAAUGGAACCGUUUCACCAUCAGCUUUCUUAGAGCCUUACAGUCCAGCGGUGUGGGUGAUGAUGUUCGUCAUGUGCCUCACUGUUGUGGCUGUGACCGUCUUUAUUUUUGAAUUCUUCAGCCCUGUGGGCUACAACCGCAGUCUGCAGACAGGAAAGAAGGCUGGAGGGUCGACAUUCACCAUUGGAAAAUCAGUCUGGCUUUUAUGGGCCAUUGUUUUCAACAACUCUGUGCCGGUGGAGAACCCAAGAGGAACCACAAGCAAGAUAAUGGUGCUGAUCUGGGCCUUCUUCGCUGUCAUCUUUCUGGCUUCUUACACUGCUAACCUGGCUGCCUUCAUGAUCCAGGAGGAGUACAUUGACACAGUUUCAGGCCUCUCGGACAAGAAGUUUCAGCAUCCAGAGGAGCAGUAUCCACCUCUGAAGUUUGGCACAGUGCCCAAUGGGAGCACAGAAAAAAACAUUCGCUCCAACUAUCCAGACAUGCACCAGUACAUGGGCAAAUACAACCAGAAGGGAGUGGAGGAUGCCAUCCUGAACCUGAAGACUGGGAAGCUGGAUGCUUUUAUUUAUGAUGCUGCAGUGUUAAACUAUAUGGCCAGGAAGGACGAAGGAUGUAAGGUGAUGACCAUAGGCUCGGGGAAGGUUUUUGCCACCACAGGCUACGGUAUCGCCCUGCACAAAAACUCACGUUGGAAACGUCCUCUUGACCUGGCCCUGCUGCAGCUAGUGGGAGAUGAUGAGAUUGAGAUGCUGGAGCGGCUCUGGCUGUCAGGUAUCUGCCAUAAUGACAAAAUUGAGGUGAUGAGCAGUAAACUGGACAUUGACAACAUGGCUGGGGUCUUCUACAUGCUGCUGGUGGCUAUGGGCCUCAGUCUGCUGGUGUUUGCGUGGGAACAUUUAGUCUACUGGAAACUGCGGCACUGCAUGGCCACUAGUUCUGGCAAGUUGGACUUUCUCUUGGCAAUCAGCAGGGGCAUGUACAGCUGCUGCAGCUUUGAGGAUGAAACAGCACCAGGUGGCUCAAAAUCUUUGCCUUCACACCACCACACAGCAAUGGUUACUGUUCCAUCACAGCCACUUGUAGUCUCAACCACUAUGACCAACCCAGCCAUUGCAAUGGCGCAACAGCAGCAACAACCACAACAGCAGCAACCGCCACCUGUGUACAAAACACCUCUACCAGGCUCUCCUCCCACUGUGGUGCAUUCUGGGUCAGCACUGGGUUCUUCUAACCCCCCCAUUGCUGGUGCCCCCCUCCCUUGCUCCACUUUCCUGCCCAGGCCAGACCGCAGGUUGGCAGUAGUGGAUCGGUGGAGGUUGCCUAAAACUGCUACAGCCACUAACCCCAUGGCUGUAAGAGGGGGCAUCACUGACAUGGGGCAGUUUGCUCAGAAAGUUCCACAAAACUGGGCUACAGCUGCUGGAGGGAGUGGGGGACUCGAUGGCUAUAAGAGAUAUUAUGGUCCCAUUGACCCUGAGGGACUGGGAUCCUGCAUGGAUCAGCAAGCAGGGUCCCAGACCCCCAAGACUAUGCCAAGGGGCCACCCCCAACCCCCUCCAGCGACUGUGGCCUUCUAUUCAGAGAAGAGCAUGGACCACGGGGUGGGGAAGAGGGUGGUGGGAGUUGGCGGUGGAAGUCAGGGGAAAGGGCCUGUUAAACCUCUGGGCACCCCAAGGCUGCCUCCCAAGAGUCAGGCCCCUCUACCUCCUACACCUCCACUGCCACAUCCCUCUCCCCCUCUCCCUUCAUCCUUUUGGAGAAAGCGGAGGCCUAAGAAGCCCAAAGAGCCUGGUGGGCCACUGUAUGAGAACAUUCUGCCUCUGGGGCGAAGGGGAGGAGCAAGAGAUGGAAUGAGGGAAGGAGAAGGGAGGAGGGCCCGACCACUUUCUCCUCCACUUUCACUUCCUAUACCAGUUCCACUGAGCCCCUCCUAUACCCCUCCUUCUCCUUCUGCAUCUUUGCACUAUACGUCCUCGUCUUCUACAUCAACCACCUCGUCAACGUCAACGUCUUCAUCAGCCUCAUCUUCGCGCUCCACCUCUCCCACUUACUCUUACAGCUCCUCCAGGAGCACACGAGACAGGACUGGAGGAAUAGAUGGAGAGGAUGAUGAUGAUGAUGAAGAUCUGACAGAAGAGUCAAGCCUCCUCCUUGGUAGGGGAAGAGAGAGGGAGCGCUCAAUCAUUCGACCUCGUUCCUUCAGCCAUGGGCGCUUGCCACCACCAGUUCCCCCCAGGAAACCACGCACAUCUUGGGUUGACAGAGAAAGAGAACGGGAAAGGGAAAGAGGGGGGAGCCAACUGUCUCAGCUCCAAGAGUGGUGGGCAAGUUGGAGUGAAAGGGAGAGGAGUGGAGCAGGUGGAGAUACUGAGAGGCAGAAAAGGGAAAAGAAGAGGAGGAAAGAAAAGGAGAAAGAGAAGAAGAAAAAGAAAAAGAACAAAAAGAGGAAAAAGAGGGAGGAGAGGGAAAGAGAGCGGGAGAGAGAAAGGAAGCGAAGGAAGGUGAAAAAGAAGAAGAAGAAGGCAUUAAAAACAAAGAAAAGGAAAAAAUCUACUGGGGGAAAGCGGUCUGAUCCUGAAGAAGGAGAUGCAGAACAAGAGAGGGAAGGAGAAGCUGAGAGAGAAAGAGAUGAAGGAAUACAAGACUACUCUUCUUUUUCUGCCCAGUAUGGGAGCACGUUUGGAGAGAAGGGAAGAGAUUCAUGGGAAGGAGACAGAGAAAGAGGCAGAGGGGAAGAUGGCAAUGGCAGGGAGGAGGAGGACAGUGGAAGAAGCAGGGAAAGGCGUCCCAAAUCCUUACACUUUCAUUCUAGACGCCGAACCCCUAAUAAGCGCUACUCCAACUCUAAUAAGUUCCCUGCUUCUGUAAAAUUUUGGAUGAAUGGAAGAGGAGAUAACACCAAUGCCACGCCAGUAUCCCUCCACCCACUUCUUCCAUCAUCCAAGCGGCGAAAAAGUGGCGGGAUUGACAGAGAAGAUAGUGGUAGAGUUGGAGAGAGGCGUCCUUUGUUAAUGCAUUAUGAAAAAGAGAAAGCACAGACAAGGGAAGGGUUGUCUUUACAUGAAUGGGACUCAGAUGAAGAUGAUGAUGAUGAUGAUGAUGUGGAAGAGGAAGCAAGAGACAGAGCAAGGGAGCGGGAAGAGGACAGGGGAAGGAGGGUAGGAAGGGGGGCCAUCUCUGAGUCUGAGAGGGAAAGGGGAAGGGUGGAGGACAGCUACUCAGAUGAAGGAUCUUCAGGAGAAUUUGGUCAUUUUGAAAGAUACUGGGAAGAAAAUGCAGGAGGCACAGGCACUGGAAUUGGAGGCAUAGGUGGAGGAGGCUGGUUCUUUGGUACCUAUCCCUCCAGAGAAAAAGGGGGAAGCAUCAAUAGUCGAGAUGACUCCUUACUAGGAACCCGGGCAGAGGGAUGGAUUGGUGCUGAUUUCUGGGGAUCUGGACCAGGCAUUGGUUGGGCAUCUGGUGGAGGAAGUGGAGGGCUGGGCUCACAGUGGCCACCACCCCCGACAGCCUUCCCUCCUCCUAGACGAUACUGGUCGAUGGACAAAAUUCCUGUUAAGGGAGAAAAAAAGUGGAAGAGUGGAGGCGGAAAGAGAAAAGGACGAAGCAGGGAAAGACUGGACGAGACAGGAAGGGCAACUCAGUGUUCCUGUAGCCUUUACCCCCAGCCGCAUCCUUAUCCACAUCCCCAUGGCCGGUCACACACUUCCAACUCCAAGAGAAGAGCAUCAGCACUUUCCCAUAGCCAAGAAGAGCUUCUUCCCCACUGCCACAGCUUCAGCGGGGGCUCUCGUCCCAAACCUUUGCCUCCAAAACCAGAUUCCAGUCAAGCCAAAUCAGGCAGCCAGUCUAACCUCAGCCUCAACACUCAGCCUACAGACCAUCAACCACAGCCCUUACCGUCACCACCACAGCAGCCAUCCCUGUCACCCACCUCCCUCCCCAUGCCCAUCGCACCUCCACUCUCCUCAGCCUCUGUCUCACCACCACCAGCAGGGGUAGGGAUGGCAGGUCAGGCUCAGGCUUCAGCCAGUGCCAAACUCCAGUAUCAGAGACUGCGCUCUGUGCCUCAGCCACGGAGGUUCUACUCUCCCCACCUACCACUCAAAGCCAAGAGCCUGUGCUCACGUCGAGGGUCAGCCCACUUUUCCAGCCUGGAGAGUGAGGUAUGACAGGGGGAGACGAGAGAGGGAGACGUGGGAGCGAGCACCAGUGCUACUGAAAACCAUGGUGCCAUGGCAGCUGGAGUCAGGGAUGACACAAGAGAUAUGGCUGCCUUGGUGACCUUAGGUAAUCGGUUAGCAAGCAUCACUACAGGUACAAACAUGAACAGAGGCUCUAUUGCCAACAAUACUCUCGGUGAGAGCGACACUACUGCCACCCGCUCCAUUGUACGCGUUCUUAUGAGGGCGACAGUGAGGUGCCACACCAGGGUGAACUUCAUCCAUCUGGAUGGUUCCUACGACGAAGAGAGUGAAGGUGAGGCUGCAUCACCUGGGACUUUGACCCCAGAACUUCUCUUAUGCUCAGAACUGAGCUUUGUGAUGUCAUCUUCGGUCCUUCUCCCAUCCCCAAAUCACAACUGUGGAUAACAGUAGUCUCCAACUUGUGAGUAAUGAUGUCAUGUUUGCACACACACACACACACACACACACACACACACACACACACACACACACACACACACACACACACACACACACACAUUAACACACGCAAACACACACACACACAAAUACACAUACAUACAAACACUCACACACACAAAAUGCUCAAAACGUCUCCCUCCCUCUGGCUUUGAGUGAGAUGAGGAGAGACCCACUUUCUCUCAAAAGAUGCCAGUGUUUGGUCAUCAUCUGGCUUCAUGUCCUCAUUGACUGAUGGCUUUUGACCUGGACUGGUGGACUGCUUCUCGGUGUCAAAGAGACUAUUCCCUCUUCUUCCCUUUUUUAAGAAAAGCAAUGCAGUCACUUUUCUCGUUCACUAUCUGCCUGCUCACCUUUCAUUGGACAGUGAGCACAGUGCUACUUAUUUGCCCUUUGGCCUCAUGACACCAUCAGACCCAUCUAGCUCUACCCCAGGACCAUCUAUAUGAUGUCACGUUUUACUAGAAACCCUUUUAACUGGUCAGACUGAACAGGAACUUCUUUUUCUCUGCCCUGUUGGAGCUUGUCAUGACACCUCUGGUCCAACUGGAAAAUAUUACCAAGUAUCAAAGAAUUUGAACAACAAACUUAUCAUCAAAAGAGGAAUAACAACAUGAAGAAAAAAGACAUGUAGCAGAAAUCUUUUUAUGUCUGUCUAAUUUUAUUUUUUAUGCAGACCCCUCUCCCCAUUUUUUUUAUUCUAUCAAUAUAUUUCUCUGACUGUGUUAGUGUUUUAAUAAGUAGGAGGCUGGAUGUGGCUAGUGUUGGAAGUGGGAAUGAUUCCAAAGCAGUGCCAAAAUUUCACCCAAGUUUUAGAAGUUUGAUAAAAAAUGUUCUCUUCACAUGUGAACAACUCAUAACUCAGCCUAGUCUAAGUGGAUUCUGGAAAUGAUUAGUGUAAUAUCUGUAAUUGGCACUAGAUGGCUGCAUAAUAUUUAAAUUUGGUCUUUGAAACAUUGGUGCAGGAGGCUUAAGAUCAGUGACAUAUUUGUAGAUGCAUUACAGAUAACAGUGUGUGUGCAGCUUUGAACAUAAUGCUUUUAUGAAAAUGUCUCAGUCAGGGUUUAUUCACUGUCCAGCACAUUUUUAAAGCCCUCUUUAGAUUUGAUUAUAUGUUGCCACCAUACUAUGUCCUGGCUGAGCUGGUGGAUGAUGGAUUAUCUGAAGCACAAUUCCUCAUUGUAUUUUUUAAGAUGUGUUGCCACAAUUGUAAAUGCACAAUAUCAAGGUAACAUGCUGAUGUAGCUUUUCACAUAUAAUUAUAACAAAUGUUGCUGGUGUGAACAAUACAUUUUAUUGCCACCAAGAUUCACAGAGUAAAAUACCAACACACUUGCACUGUUGUCAUCAUAUGCUUUGUCUUAUUCCUUUUUUUUUGGCAAAUAAGACAGAAUAACUUACUGUGAAUGUUUCUAGGUGCACAUUCAGUAGCUGAGCCUUCAUAAUGCAGUUGGCGAUAACUCGCAUUGUCAGGAUUAUCAGAUGGCUGUUUGACUUUGAGCAAUAUUCCCACCUUGAAUAUGACAGGGAUGAAGUGGCACAUCAUUCUAGAUGUUUUUGUGUGAUUUACACAAAAUCAGCUGUUUGACCCAGGGUUUGAUGAUCCAUAUCCGUUGUAUUAAACUAGUUUAGACCCUCUCCACACUAUCCUGAGAAUUUUGAAAAAUGGAGAUUUUUUUCUGCUUCUGUACUUCUUGUCUAAAAAUUUGUGAUUCUCUACAGAUUGAUGCAACAGUGGCUCUUUUUGCACCUGCCCACUUUGGCUGUUUAUGCUAAAAAACUACAAAAACAGUGGAGCAUUUUUUAGCAUAUAUCUGUCUUGUUUUGUCCUGACUCUGCUUCCAUUAAACUUCAAAUGCAAGUUGAAGAAGUUAACAACAGAGAGGUUAGGUGUAAACUGUUUAAUAGAAAACAUAGAUUCUUUAGGCUAGCCCUUCUUUAGCCAUGCUCAGGAUGCUCUUCUUUUGAAUUUUAAUGUAGUUAACCUUGACUAUAUUGCCCUCUGCUGGCAUAGUUACUACAGCGUUUUUGAUUAGAUUUCUGCCAAUGCAGAUUUUGUUUUAACGGAGGAAAAAUAUCUGUUAAAAAAUAUCUGAAGUAGGGUACCUAGGGCCAAAAUUAAUAGCACUUGACUUUAGGUGACAAAUUCAAAUAAGAAAUGCUACAUGUUAAAGACAGGGUAGUGAUAUGUAGCAUGGUACCUUCUGUGCCAAAAGCCAUCUACUUUUUAGCUGUGCCAACUCUAUUUUUUUUUUACUUUAGCAUAUCUACUUCAUGUCUCACACUAAGACCAGCCACAGCCCAGCCAUUUGUCUAUUGUAGUUGAAUGUAGCGUUGAACUGAUGUAGCAAAAGAAAACCUACUUACUUUGUAGCUUUUUUUGGAUGCUGUUUAUAAAGGCUCAAAGGACGGGACAGUGGGGAGGGAAAUGCCCUGCAAGGGGCUGUGCAUCGUGUUUGUGCUUGUCGUCACAGAUCGGAGGUUUAGUCGACCUUUUCACUUUUCCUUUUUUCCACUCCUUUGCCCUUCUAGAGGCCAGACUAUACCUUUUAUCUGCACACGGAUUGCUUUUCUUUUGUACCUGUAUGUGGGGCAGUUUUUAAAACAAUGUGUUUUUAGAGAAAUGCUUUUGAUGUUUCCCAUCGUUUGGAAAACGUCCCAUUGCAUGUUUUGCUGAAUGAAAUUGCCAAGAUUUGUGGUUUGAGGGUUGGUAUAGGUUGAGUUGUAGGUUAUACUAGGAAAAACCAGGACAGCCACCUUUUGUUGAGAUAGUAAGCUCGCUCUGCUCUGCACCCCAGCAUCGGAAACCACGGUAACAGUCUGACUGUUUCCCGUGUCAUCGAACACAAUUAUUUUCAACCAAUUAACAGGGCUUCAACCUGGUGUGUCAUUGAGCAUUAUUGAUUUCUAUUGAGGCACAUUAAGUCUGUGACUGCAUGAACACAAAUGACUAUUAAAAACCCUUUGGCUUAUUUUUAUUUAUUUAAUUUUAUGCUGAGAAAAAAAGAAUAUAUUGAAAUAUACUAUGUUUUUGAGAAUGUACCAUGUUAUACUGUGAUUUAACUGAGAUAUUUUAUUGUAUUCAAUCAUUUGAAUUAUAUCAUUUAUCUAUAAAGAAAUAUAUAUGUACCAAUAAAUAUAUACAUAUAUAUAUAUACAUACAGGUAUAUAUAUAUAUUAGUUAAGUUUGGUAUAUUUGGAGGAAGUGUUAGAUGAAAUAGUUUUAAAUGUUUUAGCUUUGUAGCAAUUCUAGACACUAAAAUCAUUUUUGAAUUUUUAUUCCUCCUAUAUGACUGUGAAGACAUUAGUGCCUGUGACAAAAAAGACGAGUAAAAGUCAAAAACUCUCUAUUCAUCUGUAUCUACUAUGGCUAUCAGUCCGUCACACCUCUAGUACUACCUAACAUUACAUUUCCCUUCUGUUUCACACAUCAGAAUGUGUCUCUUUCACUUUCGGCUUUUCUUUCUUCUCUUCGGUUGUUUCAUUAACAUCCUAUGGACCAUCCACUUCUCUUUUUAAUUUCAAACACAUGGUGUUCACAUCUCUUUGUCAAUUCAUUCACCCAUCGACGUUAGCCUUUCUUUUGUUUUUGAUCAUGUUCUUUUUGAAUCAGGUCAUCGCUCUGUCUGUCUCUCACUUAGCAAAAAACAGAGACCAGUAGAUACUGUGUUCUUGCUCCUUUUUGACUGAUUGUUGAUGAUGGCGAUGAUGAUGAUCAAUUCACUGAUUGAUAAAACAAUACAUGAACAAUGUUACUAGUACUGAUAUGACUGAAGUGUGUAUUUGAUGACCACACCACUGUAGCAAGUCUGGGCUGUACCACACCACCAGCAAGCAAGUGGGGCCUCCGUUAUAGGUCAUAUAGCAUAAAGUCCUCCACUAUAUCCAAAGUAAUGGUCAAAUAUGUCUGAACAGUGCUGAGAUUGAUAAAUUGGAGGCCAUCAAAAUUCAAAAUAUGGAGUACUACGGGGAAGUGUACAAAAGGGCAUGGCAAAAAUAUCCUUACCCCUUGAAUAUUUUCACAUUUUGUCGCUUUACAACCACAAACAUCUAUGCAUUUUAUUGGGUUUGUAUAUGAUCGACCAACAAUAAGCAGUGGAUAGCUGUGAAGUGCAAAGAAAAUGAUAAAUUAUUUUUAAAAUGUUUUUACUAAUAAAUAUUGUGUAAAGUGUACCAUGCAUUUUUCCUAAGCACUAUUUAAGCUGAAACCCUGAAAUGUAAACCCAAUGUACUACAAUCACAGAGUCAAGUCUUUUUUUGGGUAUGUCUACCCAUUCCUCUUUGCCAAAUAGCUCAUCGUCAGCCAGAUCGGAUGGAUAGCAUCUGUGAACAAUAAUUUCAAGUCAAUUGGAUUUAGGUUUGGACUUUGACUGGGCCAUUCAAACACAUGAAUAUACUUUGAUCUAAAACCUUUCAUUGUGGUUCUGGCUGUAUGUUUAGUGUCAUUGUCCUCCACUUCACACUGAUAUAUUUUCCAGCCUUCAACAACUUUUCUUCCUACCCAUCAACUCUGGACUGUUCCAUCCCUGUUGAAGAAAAGCAUCCCCACAGCAUGAUUCUGCCACUACCAUGUGUCAAAGGAGGAUGGAGUGUGAAGUUUUAGUUUGUUCUUUGUGUUUGUGAUUCGGUUUGUUCAUUAAUAUUCUCUGACAAACCUCUGAGGCCUGAGGUAAUUGAUUGCACUGAAUUUUAUUUAGGGCUAUCAGAGUAAAGAGAGCUGAAAACAAAUGCAGGCCACAAAUUUCUUUUAAUCACUUGUCAACUAUACACUACCUUUUGUUGGUUAAUUGCAUAAAAUCCAGAUAUUUUGAAGUUUGCUGUUGUAGCAUGACAAAAUGUUUUUCAAGAACUACGAAUACUUUUGCAAAGCAGUGUAGCAGCCUUGUUUCUGCUGUAAACAAAAAUCUAGACUGGACUGGUUUUACAUGGAAUGUGUUAAGACUGUUGGCAUCCUGUUGAAUCAUGUUGAAUUCAUUACUAAAUGCUGCCUUGCAUGUUAUUUAAAUUUUUUUUUUUAUCACAGAUGAACUAAAACAAGUUCAAACAAAUGAGAUGUUGUUUUUUAAAUGGCUUCUAACUUCAACCUCAAAUGUUUCACGUUCAGCAAAGUCAUGAUUUAUUGCAUGAGCAUAAAUCCAUGGGCGACUGCAACUUGACUUUGCAAUGCUUUCCUUUGCUUGCCUUUCAUCUUUCGCAGUCUCUAAAAAAUGCAUACAAACACAUUUGCAGUGCAUGCAUGUCACCACAUAAUGAGGUGUCUCUUAAUAUUUAGCUGCAAUUGAUUUCAGUGUCUCAUGUAGUCUGAUCAUCCCAUGUGAGCUUUA